AUGACAGGCGAUCAGCAUUUUUGGGAUGAGACGAGGAAGCCCUGGAACGACUUGGAAAAUGAGCGCAGACCGGUGAAGCCGCAAAAGAAGGCGACCGGUAAUAGAGUUACCCAAGAUACCGGGAAAGCAUCCCAAGCUAUGGCUGGUUACUUUACUGAUAUGGUCAUGCAACAAGUAAUCAAUGACAAGUUAAAGGCGUCAUCAGUUGCGGCAGGGCAUGAAAUGAAGUACUCCCUUCCGCCUCAAGUUGCACUGCCGAGCAAAAAGAGGAAAGAUGAGGAUGAGUCUUCGGAGGAAGGGGGUGACUCGGAUAGAGAAGACCGGAAAGCGGGGGAUGCGGACUUCGACCUUGAGGCUAUUCGAGCCCAACGACUCGCUAAGUUGAAAGCUGAGCAUAAGGCCGCUGCAGAAAAUCGUGCGAAGGGUCAUGGGGAGCUGAGUGAAAUCGUAGAGUCUGAGUUCUUGGAUGCGGUGACGAAGAGCGAUAAGGCGAUUGUUCACUUCUAUCAUCGCAGUUUCAGGAAAUGCAAAGUUAUCGACAAGCAUCUCAGCCUGUUGGCGCCUUUGCUACUCGAUAUCAAAAUGGUUCGGUUGGAUGCCCAGAAGGCGCCGUUCUUCGUGGAGAGGCUCAGGAUAAGAGUACUGCCUACAACCGUCUUGUUCGUCAAGGGAAUCGCCGUAUAUCAUCUUGUUGGAUUUGAAGGUCUACGUUGCAUAGACGGCGAGGAUGUACUGUAUGAGAAUGAUAUGAUUUCGGAUGGAGCUCUUGAUAGUCUGGAGCGUAAUUUCGGCGACGAGCACAAUCGGGCUGAACAAGGAGUUGGAGAAGCCGAUGAAGAUGAUGAAUUGAAUUAG